CUACAGGUGCCACACAUGAUGCAAAUGACUAUGGAAAAUAGCUCUUCAGUGUCACAAUUUAUUCUUAAGGGACUGACAGAACAACCUGAGCUCCAGCUGCCCUUAUUUGUUCUGUUCUUGAUGAACUACACAGCCACUGUGAUGGGCAACUUGAGCUUAAUGAGUCUAAUUUGCUUAAACUCAAACCUUCAUACCCCGAUGUACUUUUUCAUCUUCAAUCUGUCCUUUAUUGAUUUCUGUUAUUCACUACUCUCUACUCCCAAAAUGCUGAUGAGUUUUGUUUUAGAGAAAAACACCAUCUCCUUCAGAGGAUGCAUGACUCAGCUGUUCUUCUACUGCGUUUUUGUGAACUCUGAGAGUUAUGUGCUGACAGCCAUGGCCUAUGACCGCUAUGUGGCCAUCUGUCAGCCACUUAUGUACAAGAUCGUUAUGUCCCCUAAGAUCUGCUGUCUGCUAAUAUUUGGAUCCUACUCGAUGGGGUUUGUUAGUGACAUGGCUCACACAGGCUGUAUGGUCAGGCUCAGUUUUUGUGAUUCUAACAUCAUCAACCACUACAUGUGUGACAUCUUCCCUCUCCUCCUGCUCUCCUGCAGUAGCACCUAUGUCAAUGAGCUUAUGAGCUAUGUUGUGGUGGGCACAUCCAUCAUUUUAUGUUGCCUCAUUAUCUUGGUCUCAUAUGCUAUGAUUGUUUUCAAUAUCAUACAUAUGUCAUCAGGUAAGGGUUGGUCCAAAGCCUUGGGCACUUGUGGGUCUCACAUCAUAACUGUUAGUCUCUUCUAUGGAUCUGGGCUGCUUGCGUACGUCAAGCCAUCAUCUACUGAGACUGUGGGUCAGGCCAAAUUUUUCUCAGUGUUUUAUACUCUAUUUGUGCCCAUGUUGAAUCCGCUUAUUUAUAGCCUCAGAAACAAGGAUGUCAAGCUUGCUAUGAAAAAAACCUGGAAAAGAAUCACAAGUUGA